AUUUUUACGUGUAAAACAUCUUAUUUAGAUUUUAUAUUAUAACCUUUGCAAAUGAAUAUAUUUCGAUUGGCUGCUGAUUUAACUCAUUUAGCUUCUAUCUUUAUUUUACUUCAUAAAAUUAAACAAAGCCGUUCUUGCGUCGGCAUUUCACUUAAAUCACAAAUUUUACUCUGUGUUGUAUUCUUGACGCGAUAUGUUGAUGUUUUUUAUCAUUUCUAUUCUGUUUAUAACACUAGUAUGAAGAUUUUCUUCAUUGCAUCUUCCAUCUAUGUAAUCUAUUUGAUGAAAGUCAAAUUUAAAGCAACUUAUGAUCCCAAUCUCGAUACUUUCCGUAUGGAGUAUUUGAUUUUAUUUGCUGGUGUUUUAUCUGUUCUCCUUUGUUAUGAAUAUAGUGUUGUAGAAAUUCUUUGGUCAUUCUCCAUCUGGUUAGAAUCAGUAGCUAUUUUACCACAAUUAUUUAUGUUGCAACGUACAGGUGAAGCAGAGACGAUCACAACACAUUAUAUUUUUGCUUUAGGGGCUUAUCGUACACUUUAUUUGUUUAAUUGGAUUUAUCGUUAUUAUUUUGAAGCUAAUUAUACCGUGGAUUGGAUUGCUUCUUUGGCCGGGUUACUACAAACUGCGUUAUAUAGUGAUUUCUUUUACAUUUAUUAUGUCAAGGUUGUCAAGGGACAAAAGUUUGAAUUACCGAAGGUCGCUUAAUAAAUUCCCUUUACAAUAAAGAUAGUUCGGCAUAAUCGUUUACAAAAAAAAAAAAAAAAAAAAAAAAAAA